GACGAUGCGGGCGAAUCUAAUCGCCGCGCUCUUGGCGCUGUGCGAGCGCUCCAGGUACUCGUUGGGGUUCCUGUACCUCGGCGACGUCUCCGCCACGACGCGUGGGUUGGCGACCGCGCUGGCGAACACCGUCUCGGUGACCCCGCUUCUCGCGGCCUUGGCUACGCAGGCGGCGACCGCCGGGUCCGUCGGCGUGUCGAUCCAAGGCACAAAAGUGUCCGCGACGGUGGCGGCCGUGGCGACGGCCCUCGCCGGCAACCAAACCUGCGUGAACGCGGUGGUGUCUCUCUUAGCCGCCCUCUCCGCGGACGCGUAGGCCGCGAGCAAAAAUCGCACGACGUCGCUCGCCGUCACCGCCUUCGCCAUGGUCGUGCUGUGCGCGUGCUCUCACCACUCGUCGCGGUCUUUGCGCGUGGUGAGCGCAAUCACGCGGUCGCCUUCGUUCGGCCCGCCCCGCUCGCAUGUCCUGGACGUGGAGGUCGACCAUGCGCGCAAGACGAUCUUCGCGUUCGACAUCCUCGUUUACGACGGGAGGGACCUCAGAGGAGACCGCGCCGCCGACCUCAACGCUCGACUUGCGUGGCUUCGGUCCGCCCUACCGGUGUUGUCGGACGGGUGGACUGUGGUGGAAAAGGAGUACCACGAUUACCGUUGGGGCAUGCGCGCCACCCUCGAUAGCGUCAUGGGUCCCCAUUCCGACGGCCUGAUCUUUGUUCCCGAGGGCGAGCCCUACCCGACCAGGUGCCAAUGGAAGACCCUGUUGAAGUGGAAACCGCCCUCCCACAACUCGAUCGAUUUCCUCCUCGACAAGGACCGUGUCCUCUGCGUGGGUGACGUGAACGGGAGCGUUGUGCCGUUUCGGCCGCAGUUGCCGCUCGACGCGUCGCGGGUACGCCCACCUCCCGCGUGCCGGGACAUCGUCCAGUGCGUCCUGGCUCCCGACGGCCGGCGUUUCGAGGCUCUCCGCGUGCGCACAGACAAGCCCAGGCCCAACUUCAAGACCGUCGCGCUGAACAUCUGGAAGAGCAUGAAACAGCCCCUUGACCUCCACCGUCUCAACAUUAGCGGGCACCAGGCCGUGUGGACCCAUCACGGCUUUCUGAAAAACCAGCUGGCGCAACAGUGCGCGAGCGCGGGUCCCACCAACGUUCUCGAGCUCGCGCUCGAGCUCGACGGCGGCGGGGCCGUGCGCGACAACACAAGGUGGACCAGGUUGGGCUGCAGGGUGGUGUCCAAGGACCUGGAGGAGUUUUUGAACGGCGACGCGCAGGCCGAGGGCUCCUCCACUCUGACCUACAUCCGGACACUUUGUGGGACGAGGUGGUGAACGCGGAGGAGAUCCCCGCACGUUUCCCUGCAGACGCACGCCUCUCACAGGCCGCAGCCGUUGGUGUUGAUCGCCACCGACCUGUUCGUCUCUCGCGCCGAGGCGCGCGGAGUGCGGUGUCGGUUUACGUCCCGCUUUCCUCUCCCUCGCGACCCCACGGUGUUCUUGAGUCCCAC